AUGAUUGUUCGGCAGUUGUGUGUGCGGCAGAGUCGCCAGCUUCUUGGGCUCCGCCAGACUCGCUUCCUGAACAGGCUGUAUUCCACCGAGACGCUUGUCGAAACAGCAGUACAGACACCAAUUGCAGAGCAAACUCCUCCCUCCGAAUCGGCCCUGCAAGCGAGCACAGCGACGACCUCGGUACGGCGCGCCGCACAGGAGGCGUGGAAGAAGCGGGAACUCCGACGGAAAACCUUCCACCAGCUCGGUAGUGAAGUCGAAGAUGUAUAUCAGCCAGAAGACCUCAUUCGGAACCCUCCCAAACCCGCCGACAUCUCCCUCGAACUGCUCCUCGCCAACCAGACGCACCUCGGACACUCGACAUCCCGCUGGAACCCGCAAAACUCGCGCUACAUCUUUGGUAUCCGAGACGGUGUCCACAUCAUCUCGCUGGAUGUGACCGCCGCCUACUUGCGCCGUGCGGCCAAGGUGGUGGAAGAGGUCGCCGCUCGGGGCGGCUUGAUCCUGUUUGUGGGUACUCGGAAGGGCCAGAAGAGAUACGUGGUGAGAGCCGCAGAGCUGGCAAAAGGCUACCACAUCUUCGAGCGCUGGAUCCCUGGUAGUCUGACCAACGGCCAGCAGAUCCUGGGCCACUGCGAGACCAAGGUCGUGAACGGCUUGGACGAGGAGUUGCCCAAGUACAAGGAGCUGUUGGCCGAUCGUCCGGUUCUGAAGCCAGAUCUUGUGGUAUGCCUGAACCCUCUCGAGAACGUCGUCUUGCUGCACGAGUGUGGCCUGAACAACGUCCCGACCAUCGGCAUCAUUGACACGGACGCUGACGCCACCCGUGUCACGUACCCCAUUCCCUCGAACGAUGACAGUCUGCGCGCUGUCGGCUUGAUCGCUGGAAUCCUCGGAAGAGCUGGUGAAGCCGGACAGCUGCGGCGGCUAGAGCAGGCAGAGAAGGGAGUCUACACGUACCCUCCCGUCAACUCCCAGGAGCUCAAGGCGGAGUCUGAGCAGAGCGAGAAACCCAACGAACAAUAG